UAUGAAUAUUAGCUUAUGUAAGUGUUGCAGUGAAAGGAUCAUUGUAUCCUCAAAUAUUUACUCUCCAAAUUUGCCAAAUUAAACCGCGCAAAAUGUUGCCAAAUUUUGCCAGAGUCGUGCCCAAAUUCGGCCCAAGCCGUACGCUGUUCCGUACUCUGUGCACUCCGAGUAGCACCCAAGAACUGCAGCUCACCUACCUGACCGAAGGGGACAAGCAGGGUAUCGCCGUGCUCGGGCUGAACCGUGCCAAAGCCCGCAACUCGUUCAGCAAGUCGCUGGUCAACCAGAUGCUGGACUCGAUCGAUGUGUUGGCGCACGAUAAGAACGUCAGGGUUGUGAUCCUGCGCAGCCUGGUGCCGGGGAUCUUUUGCGCUGGUGCGGACUUGAAGGAACGUGCCACGAUGAGUCCGCAGGACGUUGGCCGGUUCGUGUCCAAGCUGCGCCAGAUGAUGAGCAGCAUCGAGCAGCUGCCGGCACCGGUGAUUGCGGCGAUCGACGGCCCGGCACUUGGAGGUGGGCUGGAGAUGGCGUUGGCUUGCGAUAUGAGGGUUGUGGCUGGGAAUGUGAAGUUGGGACUGGUGGAGACCAAGCUGGGGAUCAUUCCGGGGGCUGGAGGAACUCAGCGACUGCCGAGGAUCUUGAACCCGGCGAUCGCGAAGGAGUUGAUCUUCACAGCUAGACAGAUCACUGGUGAGGAGGCUAAGGAGCUGGGGAUCGUGAACUACGCGGUGAAGCCGAACGAGGAUGGGGACGCUGCGUACAAGAAGGCUUUGAAGCUGGCGAUGGAGAUCGUGCCGAACGGUCCGGUUGGAGUUCGCAUGGCGAAGAAAGCAAUUGACAAGGGACUGCAGGCCGACCUUGCUACGGGUUGUGCGAUCGAAGAAGCUUGCUAUGCCCAGAUCAUCCCAACCAAGGAUCGUCUGGAGGGAUUGAAGGCAUUUGCCGAGAAGCGAAAGCCCAAGUUUAUCGGAGAAUGAGGCAUUUCAGGUUGAACCGAAACGGACAUUAUGUGAUAGAAAAGUGCAUUUAUUUGAAUUCUUUGCUCAAAGCGUAGAUUUCAUUCUUUAUUAAAACGAUUUAAUUUGUAAUAUUAACAGCCGUUGUUGACAAUAAAUGCUUUGGAGAUCAGAUCUUCAACAGUUCAA